AGCGCCCCUGGGGAGCAGAGGAGGAAGAAGGAGAAGAAGAGGAGGAGGAGGCGGGGGUGUGAGUCUCGGCCGGGAUCGGGAUGUCCGGGCAGCAGCAGCAUCAACAUCAACAGCAGCAGCAGCUGCCGGCCGUGGCAGCCGCGGCCGUGGCUCCGGCCCCGGGGGUCGUCCUGCCGGCCCCCACCCCCGUUAGUGCCGGCACCUCUCCGGCCGGCCCCGCCGCAGCCGUGUCCCCGGUCGGGGGAGCAGGAAGCGGUGGCGGCAGCGUUGGCGUCGGGGUGGGGGCCGGGGCGGCCGCCCUGCUCCUGCACCCACCGCCUCCGCCGCCACCCCCGGCCACCGCGGCCCCGCCGCCGCCUCCGCCGCCGCCUCCCCCGCCUCCGGCCGCGGCCGCCGCCUCCCCGGCCCCCGGCGUCUCGGCGGCCGCCAGCCCGGCCGGAGGGGCCCCGCCAGCGGCCACGGGGAGCAGCGCCCCGGCCCCCUUCCCCCACGGGGACCUGGCCCUGAACGAGCAGGAGAAGGAGCUUCAGCGGCGGCUCAAGCGCCUCUACCCGGCGGUGGACGAGCAAGAGACUCCGCUGCCUCGCUCGUGGAGCCCGAAGGACAAGUUCAGCUACAUCGGCCUCUCGCAGAACAACCUGCGGGUCCACUACAAAGGUCAUGGUAAAACUCCAAAAGAUGCAGCCUCAGUUCGUGCCACACAUCCUAUACCAGCAGCUUGUGGGAUUUAUUAUUUUGAAGUAAAAAUUGUCAGUAAGGGAAGAGAUGGUUACAUGGGAAUUGGUCUUUCUGCUCAAGGUGUGAACAUGAAUAGACUACCAGGUUGGGAUAAACAUUCAUAUGGUUACCAUGGAGAUGAUGGACAUUCAUUUUGUUCUUCUGGAACGGGACAACCCUAUGGACCAACUUUUACAACUGGUGAUGUCAUUGGCUGUUGUGUAAACCUUAUCAACAAUACCUGCUUCUACACAAAGAAUGGACAUAGUUUAGGUAUAGCCUUCACAGAUCUACCGCCAAAUUUGUAUCCUACUGUGGGGCUACAAACACCAGGAGAGGUGGUAGAUGCCAAUUUUGGGCAACAUCCAUUUGUGUUUGAUAUAGAAGACUAUAUGCGAGAAUGGAGAACCAAAAUACAGGCACAAAUAGACCGGUUUCCUAUUGGAGAUAGAGAAGGAGAGUGGCAGACCAUGAUACAAAAAAUGGUUUCAUCUUAUUUAGUACAUCAUGGGUACUGUGCCACAGCAGAAGCAUUUGCCAGAUCUACAGACCAGACCGUACUAGAAGAAUUAGCUUCAAUUAAGAACAGACAAAGAAUUCAGAAAUUGGUAUUAGCAGGAAGAAUGGGAGAAGCUAUUGAAACAACACAACAGUUAUAUCCAAGUUUACUUGAAAGAAAUCCUAAUCUCCUAUUCACAUUAAAGGUUCGGCAGUUUAUAGAAAUGGUGAAUGGUACUGAUAGUGAAGUAAGGUGUUUAGGAGGUCGGAGUCCAAAGUCUCAAGACAGUUAUCCUGUUAGUCCUCGACCAUUUAGUAGUCCAAGCGUGAGCCCCAGCCAUGGAAUGAAUAUCCACAGUUUAGCAUCAGGCAAAGGAACUACCACACAUUUCCCUGGUUUUGAAAGUUGUAGUAAUGGAGUAAUAUCAAAUAAAGCACAUCAAUCCUACUGUCAUAGUAAACACCAGUCAACCAGUUUAAAUGUCCCAGAACUGAAUAGUAUAAAUAUGUCAAGGUCACAACAAAUUAAUAGCUUCACCAGCAAUGAUGUAGACAUGGAAACUGAUCACUAUUCCAAUGGAGUUGGAGAGACUUCAUCCAAUGGUUUCCUAAAUGGUAGCUCUAAGCAUGACCACGAAAUGGAAGAAUGUGACACCGAAAUGGAAGUUGAUUCAAGUCACUUGAGGCGACAGCUUUGUGGAGGAAGUCAAGCAGCCAUUGAAAGAAUGAUCCACUUUGGAAGAGAAUUACAAGCUAUGAGUGAACAACUAAGGAGAGAAUGUGGCAAGAACACUGCAAAUAAAAAAAUGUUAAAAGAUGCAUUCAGUUUGCUUGCUUAUUCAGAUCCCUGGAGCAGUCCAGUUGGAAACCAGCUGGACCCAAUACAAAGAGAACCUGUGUGCUCAGCUCUGAACAGUGCAAUACUAGAGACUCACAAUCUGCCAAAGCAACCUCCACUUGCCCUAGCAAUGGGACAAGCCACACAAUGUCUAGGACUGAUGGCUCGAUCAGGAAUUGGAUCCUGUGCAUUUGCCACAGUGGAAGACUAUCUUCAUUAGCUAUGCAUUUAAGAGCUCAGACUUACAACUGUGGCAUAUAGUCAACAUGGAAGUAGACCAGCUCUGCCGAUUUGAAAUUUAGACUUUUUAAAAUUAUGUACUGGGGACAGGUCUUUGUCGCUUUACAUUGCUUCCUAGUUUACAGCAUGAUGCAAAUGAUUUUCUAACUUAGUGUUAGGAGAAAUUAUUUUCCAUCUUUAACCUCUUAGUUGUCUAAGAGUUAAUUAUAUUGCUGAAUUUCAGAUAUUCAAAUUUGAUAAUUAAAAAUCCUCUAAAACAAUUAUCUAAAAAACCAAACCCAAAAUCCUGCUUCUUUGGGUUGGGGGAGGGAGGUGCGGGAAGGAACUAUAGAACAAGUUGUGUUUGUGUUAGCAUGUGGGUGAUGUAAACUUCAAAUUGGGAGACUUUCCAACCCCCUCCUGCUCCCAUUACUAGCAAUCAAUCCCUGUGAUUUGCAAAGUGCAUAAACACCUGACAGUUUGGAUUUAUAGUGUUGAUGGAAGAAAUGAUUUUUAAUGUGUACUGUAAAACUUGAAAUACUCAGGAGCUGAGUGAAUAUGUUCGUUGCUACUUACAAUCCCAACCUGUUAGUCCCAGUAGUUUUGUUUUAACAUGAUCUUUUUCAACUUUGUUUCCUGUUUAACUGCAGACAACUUCUGUUGUAGACUCACAAGUUUAACUGUUGUAUUAUAACAGUAUUACAUGUCAACAGUGUGGUUACGACCUUUAUUUAUAUAAAAAACCAAAUAUUUAGUCAAUUUACAGUGUCUUAAUUUAAUCUUUGUACACCUUCCAUUUUUAAGUGCUUAAAUGAGUACUAUAUUGCAAUAAAAAUGUAGUGAUAUAAUUAACCAGCCAUUAAAAAUUUACUUCUACAGA